AUGAUUGAUUCUGACGAAAGUAGCAGUGAUAGCGGGGCGGAUGUUCAUUUUAAAGACGAUGUUAUAACGUCUGAUGGAUAUUCGAUAGAUGAUCUCGUUGCAAUUCGUGAAAAAGAUACCGAAACAACUGAUAUUGACACAUCCGAAGACAUAGACAAACCUGAACCAGCAAAAUUUGUUGCACCUUUUAAAAUAUCAACAGUAGAACCUGAGGAUCCAUCUGUAUUUAUUCUUGAAGACAGCAAUUUUCCACAAUUGACUUAUGACUAUAUUCUUUAUAGUCAAGGUAAAUCACUAUCAGUCCAUAAUUUACAGCCAUGGGAAAAGUUGGCACUUGAAAAUUUCGUAGAUUUCUUAAAUCCAGAUCCAGACAUUUUUUAUGGAGCAAUUAGAGAAUUAAUAGACACCAAAUCAGAUUCAUUAGGAUUUGCUUUAAUGGAAUACGGUGAUAAAUUCGAAGAAUCUUCAUUAGAAUUCAGUCAUUUUCUUCAAAUCUUUCGCGAAGCAUCAGAAACGGCCGAAGAAAUACUAUUUUUCAUACUCGGAGCAAUCAAACCAGAAAUGUUCAACGCUCCAUCAACAGAAACUCAAAAUGUGAUUAUUCAUGACUUAAUAAUUUUGAAUUUUGGAUCAUUACUUACACCAAAAGCAAUCCAACAUUGCGGAGCUUAUAAUUCUCUUAUCAAACUACGCCAGUUAUUUAAUUACGGAAUUAGAGAAGCAAAUUUCCUUGAAGAUAUCUCUAAUGCUUUAGUUUAUCUGUGCAAAGAGACAAAGGAAUCAAAUAUCUCUUUAAUUACUUCAUAUCUACCUUUGAAUGGCUUAGGAAGUGAUAUCAUGAUUUCCGCUGGAGUUAAAUUGAUAUGGAGUUUCAUUCCUAAUGAUGUAGACGAAACACUCGACUGGUUACCAUCAAUUUUACCUACAUUGAAGAAUCUCUGCCAGUCAAAUCCAACUGCAGCUUCAGCUGUUGUUUCUCUGGUCGAAGCAACUGUUGCAGCUGCAAUAAAAGCAGGAGAAAUCGACCAAGAAAUCGUAAAAUCAAUAAUUGAAUCAAUGAAAUUUACGAUUCCAAGAACAGAUCCAGCAAUGCUAACCCUUUUGAAGGAACAGCUGCAAGUAACCAGAACACAGCUCGAAUUACUCUUGAAAUCUAAUUUUGUUGUUUCAUCUCAAACUUAUGAAUAA